CGCGCGGGCGACGUGGGUUGCGCAGGCUGCGCGGGCGGAAAAAAAAAAAUAUAUUUGUGUACGUAGGAUAGCCGUCUUGUUCGGUAUUUUCUCGGCCUCGCCUCAAUAAUUACACCCUCUCCCCCCUUCUCUCUCUUGUUGAGGUCCCAUAUUCCCCAGCAGUUCUCGCUGGCGCAGUUGCUUCUCUCCACUGCUGCAGUUCGCAAGUGCUUCGAGGUAGCCCCCGCGCCCUUUUCUGCCCUCCUACCUCGUUCUCUCGCGAGCGGUCGGGUUCGUGCUCUUAAAGAAGCGUUCAAGGGCCGGUUCGCCACUGCCAUUGAAGCCUGCGACAACUUGCCGACGAUGCAAUUGAAGGACGACGCCGCGACGGGCGGCAUUGCGCCGGUCCCCGAGACCAGCGCCGUGCCCGACGUCCUCGACAAGACCCCCCUCGGCUCCAUCUCCGGGCCAACCUACGCCACCGGGCAGCUGCUCGUCCAGCAGACGGCCUACAAGCUCUCCGACAAGAUCUUCUCCUUCUCCCCGGAAACCUUUGAUCUCGACCUGGCCGUCAGGGAAUGGUCGCGGGCCGACGAGAAGAACAUCCACGGCGAGACGACGACGGUCGUGCCCCUCCAGACCCGCGCCGGCGCCGGCACCUUUGCCCUGGGCUACAUCUUCUCCAGGGACUUCGACCUCAGCAAGCGCCACAUCCCCCAGACCCUCCUGGCACCCUCGCUGAGCCUCCGGCACCUGCGCGCCACCCUGGACCAGCUCUCGCUUCUCUACGGCGUGGCCAGCCCCUUUGUUGCCCACAUCGCCGCCGCCGACUACUCGGCCCGCGACGGUCUCGUUGCCGACUACGAGAGCGCUCUGCAGAUCGCCGAGGACCUCGGCCUGGGGCUCGUCGCUAGCGCCUCCGCGUACGAGGCCCAGCACAUGUCCCUCCUCGCGACCCUCCUGGCGUCCUUGCUGCCCACGCUGCACACGUACGACGGCCUGCGCACCGCCCGGGAGACGCUCAAGGUGGUGGACGCGCUGAGCGAGGGCGCCAUCGCCGAGACGUAUAAGAAGCUCGCCCGCCAGGUCGGCCUACUCAACAAGAGGCUGGACACGGCCGGCAAGGUCGUCGAGCUCCUGCGCCUGUUCAACGCCGAGCUCGGCACCUCGUACGCCCCCUUCGAGUACCACGGACACGAGUCUGCGGAAUCCGUCCUCGUGGUCUUUGGCAGCGCCGAGGCCCAGCUCGCCAAGCAGGUCGUCGACGCGCUGGCCGCCCGGGGCGAGAAGGUCGGCGCGGUCAACGUUCGCAUCUACCGGCCCUUCAUCGAGGAGGCCUUCCUGGAGGCUCUGCCCGAGUCGGUGCGUCGGAUCGCCGUGCUCGGCCAGGUCCGCGAUGCCGUGGCCGUGGGCGACGCCUCAGUGCAGUCUGCCCUCCACUCGGACGUGCUCACCGCCGUCUCGUUCGCCGACCGGCCGCGCGAGCCGGUCGUGGUCGACGUCAAGUACGCCGCGUCGACCGUGCACACUCCCAGCUCCAUCGCCACCAUCAUCCACCAGCUCACCGCCAAGGAGGAUGGCCAGGGCGAGGUGAGCCUGGUCUUGCACGCUCUCGAGCAGGCACGCCAGUACACCUUCUGGGACGUCGACGACUCGUCGGCCGUCGGCGCGCCCGCGGCCCUUGGCAAGCUCCUCGCUCGCGAGGCCCCGAGCCACGUCUACGUCCACGAGACGUAUGACAACCUGAUCCAGGGCGGCGCGGUUCGCACCGACAUCAGGAUCACCGAGAAGCCCGUCGAGGCACCGUUCGCCGUCGAGGAGGCCGACGUGGUGUUUGUCGGCGAGGAGAAGCUGCUGAAGGAUGUCGACAUCGUCAAGGGUUCCAAGCGGGGCGGCAAGCUGGUCCUCCGCCUGCCCAACUUCAAGGAGGAGGAUCUCGAGAAGCGCAUCCCCGCCAGCGCGAGGAAGCAGGUACGGGAGAAGGGCCUGGGGCUCCUCGUUUUGGAUUCUUCUCUCUCGCCUGCUCUGGAGAAGAAGGACGCCGAGCUCCUCCUCGCUCAGCUCGCCUUCUUGAAGGUUACGCAGCCCGAGCUCACGGUCGCGGAGCUCUCCAAGUUUGGCCAGCUCGGCCGGGACAAGGCGGCCCUUGCCGAGCUUGCCGACGCUCUCCGGCAGGCUCUCAAGGCGGUCGAGGUCCCUGCCGCCUGGGCCGAGGUUUCCGAAGCCCCGGCUGCCCCGCUCAGGGCGCUGAAGCCGACCAGCUUCGCGCCGUUCGAGAAGGACGAGCAGGAGCCGGCCGUCAAGCUCGACAGCUGGCAGGAGGCGGCCAAGGGCCUCGUGUUCAAGGAGGCGUACGGCACCCGGACCGAACUGCGUCCCGACCUCACGGUCAAGACGUCGACGGUCCGCGUCAAGGAGAACCGCCGGCUCACGCCGCCCGAGUACGACCGCAACAUCUUCCACAUCGAGUUCGACCUGGGCGACUCGGGCCUCACCUACAACAUCGGCGAGGCGCUCGGCAUCCACGCGGACAACGACCCGCGGCAGGUGCUCGAGUUUAUCAAGUUCUACGGCCUCGACGCGGACGACCUCGUGCAGGUGCCGUCGCGCGAAGACGCGGCCGUGCUGGAGACGCGGACUGUGUACCAGUCGCUCGUGCAGAACCUCGACAUCCUGGGCAAGCCGCCCAAGCGCUUCUUCGAGGCGCUCGCCGGGUUCGCGACGGAUGAGGCCGAGAAGAAGAAGCUCGAGUUCCUGGGCGGCAAGGAGGGCGCCGAGGAGUUCAAGCGGCUCUCCGAGGUGGACACGGUCACGUACGUGGACGUGCUGCAGAUGUUCCGGUCGGCGCACCCGGCGUUCGCGGACCUGGCGCGGAUUGUGGCGCCGCUCAAGCGCAGGGAGUACAGCAUCGCGUCGGCGCAGGCCGUCACGCCCGGCUCGCUCUCGCUCAUGAUCGUCGCGGUCGGCUGGGUCGACACCAGGGGCCGCACGCGCCACGGACAGGCGACGCGCUACCUGUCCGGGCUCGAGCCCGGCGCGGCCGUCACCGUGUCGGUCAAGCCGUCGGUCAUGAAGCUGCCGGCCAGGGACACGGCGCCGCUCAUCAUGGCCGGCCUCGGCACCGGGCUGGCGCCCUUCCGCGCCUUUGUGCAGUACCGGGCCAUGCAGAAGGCCCAGGGCAAGGAGAUCGGCUCCAUCCUGCUCUACCUCGGCAGCCGCCACCAGCGGGAGGAGUACCUGUACGGCGAGGAGUGGGAGGCGUACCUGGACGCGGGCGUCAUCACGCUGCUGGGCGCCGCCUUCUCGCGCGACCAGCCGCAGAAGAUCUACAUCCAGGACCGCAUGCGCCAGACCAUGGCCGACAUCGUCAAGGCCUACAUCAAGGAGGAGGGCUCGUUCUACCUGUGCGGACCGACCUGGCCCGUGCCGGACGUCACCGCCGUGCUGGAGGAGGCGAUCGCGGCGGAGGCCGAGCAGAGCGGCAGGAAGGUGGAUCCCCGCAAGGAGAUUGAGCGGCUCAAGGAGGACGGCCGCUAUGUCUUGGAGGUGUACUAGAUCGGAUUGUUUAUAUGUUGCGAGCGAGUUGGCAUCUUUUGUUUCUUUUUUUUUCUUUUUUUUUUUCUUUUCUUUACUUUAUGUUGCUGUCUUAGACUAUACCUCAAUACCUCAACACCGAUCGAUACUUUUCGUUGUCAAGUCCAGUGAAGUCCCGUCACCACGCCAAGUCCUGAACUGCCAAUUCCCCUUUGAGCGUUGUCAACAAGAAUGGUGAUUGGGACAGCUACGGACCGUACAUAGUAAUAAUCAGCGGUGACGGGGGUGCCGUGCGGGGGAGCUCCGCCUAGUGGGCCGGGGCGGUGCCACUGCCCUUGAACGGCGGAGAAUCCCAGAUCUGGGGGUUGGUG